AUGAGUUCAAACAAAGCAAGGCCUGAGCACAUUCCAGCGUCAAGGUUUCUUCUUGUUCUUGUUUUGAUUAUACAAUUUGAGGGCAUGUCAUUUGAUCCAUCAGAGAUUGAGAUCCUCUUAAAAUUCAAGGGUGCUCUUGAAGAUAAUGGCGCUCUGAAUAAUUGGUUUCCUGAUAUAAGUCCUUGUUCUUGGAAUCAUCCAAACUGGAAUGGCGUUCUUUGUUCAAAUGGGAGCAUAUGGGGGCUGAAACUUGAGCACAUGGGGUUAAAAGGAGUAUUAGACGUUGAUUCUCUUGGUUCAAUAAAAUCUUUACGUACACUUAGUCUUAUGAAUAAUAAAUUUGAGGGUCCAUUUCCUGAUGUAAAAAAAUUGGGCGCCUUGAAAUCUGUGUAUUUAUCCAAUAAUGGUUUUUCUGGGACAAUUCCGGAUGAUGCAUUUGCAGGCAUGUCAAUGUUGAAGAAAUUACAUUUAGCAAACAAUCGGCUUUCAGGUCACAUUCCUUCAUCGAUUGCUGCCUUGCCUAAACUAUUGGAACUCAGGCUUAAUAACAAUAAGUUUGAGGGAAAGAUUCCUGAUUUUAAACAGCCAACUUUAACAACCAUCAAUUUGUCCAACAAUGAAUUGGAAGGUGAAAUCCCUGCCAGCCUAAGCAAAAUGGAUGCGCCAUCAUUUACAGGCAACAAAAAUUUAUGCGGGCCACCUCUUGAUGCGUGCCCGCCACCUCCAAGCCAACCGCCGCCCCUUGCGGCUGAGUUGAGUCAGGAGAAUGAUUCUGCUAUGAAAAUUGUGACAAUUGUGAUAGCUGUUGCGUUAGUAAUAGCGCUAAUAGCUGCGGCUUUAAUCAUGUUCUGUCGCAAAAAUAAGAAAUCACAAAUGGAUCGUGCUUCGUCAUUGGAAGGUUCAAACAGUAUGAGGGACAUAAGUUUAGUAGGAAACGUAGGGGUAGUAUAUAAUCCACCUCCUCAGGCAGCGGAGCCCCCGAAGAAACCUGAAUAUGGGAAGCUAUCAUUUGUAAGAGACGAUGAACAAAAGUUUGAUCUACAAGACCUGCUUAAAUCCUCAGCAGAAGUUCUGGGAAGUGGGACUUUUGGUGCUUCAUACAAGACGGGUGUACAAGGACGAAUGUAUGUUGUGAAGAGAUAUAAGCAAAUGAACAAGAGUGGAAGAGAUGAUUUUCAUGAGCACAUGAGACGGAUAGGGAGGUUGAGCCAUCCAAAUUUGUUGCCUCUUGUAGCUUACUACUAUAGGAAAGAGGAGAAGCUCUUGGUUUAUGCGUUUGUGGAUAAUGGUAGCUUGGCCAAUAAACUUCAUGGCAAACAGAAAAUAGACCAACACGGACUCGAUUGGCCUAGACGCUUAAAAAUCAUAAAAGGCGUGGUCAAGGGAUUAGUAUACCUUCAUAGUGAAAUCCAUAAUCCAGUUCUGCCUUAUGGUCAUCUGAAAUCAUCCAAUGUGCUUCUAGGCAAAUCCUUUGACCCUCUUUUGACAGAUUAUACUUUGAGGCCUGUGAUCAACCCCGAGAGUGCUCAUAAAUUCAUGGUUGCCUACAAGUCACCGGAGUUUGCAAGAACCGGCAGCAUUUCUAAGAGAUCCGACGUAUGGAGCCUUGGAAUAUUAAUCCUUGAGGUACUUACAGGCAAGUUCCCUGAAGACUUUCUUCUUGCACAAUAUGAUAGCGAUACAAGUUUGUCAACUUGGGUCAACCAAAUGGUGAAGGAGAAACGUUUGACUGAAGUGUUCGAUAAAGAGAUGGUAGAAGUGAAGCAUAGCAAGGGUGAAAUGAUAAAUCUUUUGAAGAUUGGAUUGAGUUGUUGUGAGGAGGAUGCUGAGACAAGGAUAAGUUUAAAGGAUGCUGCUGAGAAGAUUGAGGAGAUAAAAGUGGUAAAUUCUAACAAUCAAGAAGCGAAUACGUUUACAAGCAGUGUGAGUCCUGAGGAAGAAUCAUCUUUCUUAAUGCAUGGCUAA